AUGUGUGUCCGUUGUCAUGACCGCCAUAUUUACGAUAAGAAAACGUGCAUCAUAACGGAGCUCAACCAGCAAAAGCCAGACGGCAAGCGACAUUAUCAACCUGCUCCACAUAAGGGAGAGAUAGGUGACGUAGGAUCAGGGUACACUUUUCCUGCAGGGUGGUACGGAACUACCUUAGCCGCAGUUGACUUCACGCUCAACGAGACUUUGGUCGAACUCGUCGUAAAUAUAGAUAGCUGUCGAAGAGUCUCCGGAGACACAAAGAUAGGACCCUUGGACGUGGGAUCUCAGCACUUCGACAACAUUGAACUCCAGAGCAUCCUGAAUCAGUUAUUUUCAAUUCCUUCCGAAUCAGCUAUUGAGCUCGUGGUAAGCAACGCGCGCCAAGGGUUGCAGGAUGUGAAGAAGUUUCUCAACAGUAUUGAUCCCUUGCAAGGCAAACAAGGUCCUAGUCUUGCAGAUGACCUUGAAGCAGGUCUAAGGAAUGCAAGUAUCCAGCUUAUUAGCAAUAUCGUGUUCAAGGUGGGGGGUGGCAUAGGGACCUGGACUGGUGCCUAUCUUGCCGCUCAAGCAUUCCUAGCUCCUCGACCCCAAGGUCCUCUAGCACCUCCAAGCAACGCUAUGGAUAUUGGGCUUACUGCAACAACCGCCCUGCUUACAUAUCAAGCAAUCAUCCCGUUCUUAGAGGAUUGGAGCGAAGAGCCUCUGCUAGUGACCUCGAUCGAUCGGAUCUUAUGGGUGCUCCAAACUGUGAGCUUCCUGAGCCUUGUCCUUUAUGAAGACAAUCAGUUUAUUCAGCUAGACUUACCUUUUUCUAUGAUGGGAUAG